AGUGGUAAAGGAUGUUUUGAGAAUUAUGAUUUUUUUUUUUUUUGGUAAGGGUUUUGAACUUUUGAGAAUUAUGAUUACUUCUUCAUAUCUCCGUGGUUCCUCCUCAUAAGGUUUUUUGCCAAAACGAUCAAAUAAUGUUUUUUUUUCUGAUAAAACUGUAAAAGUAAAAUAAAAAUAAAGAAGUGAACUUCCAAGGGCCCACAUAUCUAUAAUUCUGGUAAAAUCUAGGGUUUCUCUUUUUAUGUCAAUCAUGGCUUCGGGACCAAGCAAGACAGAGGCCGAGACGGCGCAUAUCGUUUCCGCGGCGGCGGAGCCCAUAGAGACGACCACUGAAGAAUCCGCCGUCUCUUACUCUCUGGACAAGGACAAAUCCGACUCCGACCCGAAGGAAAAUGAUUCCUCCAAUGACGAAGAUAGCAUAGUGGACGACGGAGAUUCAGCAAGCGAUCAAUCGGAAUGGGGAGUGGAUAGCUUCGAUGAUGAGGAAUAUUGUUCACCUGAUGAAGACUCUCAUACCGACGAAGAAGUUGAGGGAAAAGCCCGUCUUUAUAAACGGAAUCUCCACUUUAGCCAUGGCUUUCUUGUUGAAGAAGGGAUUGGUCCACGUCCACGUUCACGUUCCGUAGGUUGUGGCUAUAUCUUACUUAAAUCUCUGGACAGUGAACAUUCUCCGGCUAAAGGUAGGACACAGCUUCAAUACGCACAACACAUGGCCAAAUUGUCUCUUCGCAAGUACAAUACCUUAAACGAAACCAAUGUGAAAUUGGAUCAUGUUGUAAGAGUAACAGCGUCUUUUGGCGUUAGGCAGACUUCGUAUAUCACUUUCAUGGCGAAAGAAUCUAAGGGAGAUGAUACGCUUGUGGAGUAUCAAACCAAGGUUGCUAAAAAAUUUCAAUGCAAGACUUAUCCUAUGUUUUGCAGGCCUAGUCCAAAGCUAGAUCCAGAUAUGUAGUCUAAAUUAUCUUCUAAUUUUUGGAUAUAACGCUAAAUAAUUCGAUGGUUACAUGGUCGUUUCUUGCU